GAGAGGGACAGAGGCACCUGCCAACCUAACCCUCCCCACUGGACGCGUACGCCAGCAGGUCAGCCAGGGGUGCCUUUGACCCUGAGCGCAGAUGAGGCCCAGAAUAGGGCCGGUGGGCUAUGAGGCCCGCAGAGGGCAGAGCCCUGGCUUCAGGCAGCACUGGCCCCUGAUGCUGCUGGGCCUGGCUGUGGGCGCCCAUGGCCUGCUGUCCUCGACCACGGCACCUCACAGCAGGGCCCCAAGCUCUGGAGCCCCGACAAGGAGCAGCCCUAGGAGCCUGUGGGGAAGGUUCCUGCUCAGGACUGGCCCCCAGGGGACAGGCCCCAGGUGCUGGCCCGGCGGGUUUUGGUCCGAUCUUCAGUCGCCGUGGUACGUCUUCAGCAGCGGGACCCAGCUCAUCGUCCUGGGUCAGCCCGCGUCCGCACCCUCGGUCACUCUGUUCCCGCCCUCCUCGGAGGAGCUCCACACCAACAAGGCCACGCUGGUGUGUCUCAUCAGCGACUUCUACCCGGGCAGCGUGACGGUGGCCUGGAAGGCAAAUGGCACCCCCGUCACCCAGGGCGUGGAGACCACCAAGCCCUCCAAGCAGAGCAACAACAAGUACGCGGCCAGCAGCUACCUGAGCUUGACGCCUGACAAGUGGAAAUCUGGCGGCAGCUACAGCUGCCAGGUCACGCACGAGGGGGGCACCGUGGAGAAGACCGUGGUCCCCGGGGAGUGUUCCUAGGGCCCUGAGCCCCCCACCCUCGGGGGCUGGAGCCUUGGCACCUCUGGGAGGGUCUUUCCUUCCACCUGAGUCGUCCCCAGCCCCAGCCCGGCUCCCUGAACCCAAUCAAUUCUCAAAACGUUCUUGUCAA